AUGCCGGUAUCAGCCAUUGUAGUGGAAGCCUUUGGCGCGACAGAGGUGCUUCAGCUUCGUUCGAAAGAGCUACCUGCCUUGCAGCCAGGGCAAGUGCGUGUCAAGGUGGAAGCGGCUGGGGUGAAUCCUUCGGAUACGUACCUCCGCUUGGGCAUGAGUGGGCCUUAUGCGGCCGUGCCACACCUGCUUCCGCAGCUUCCGUGGACACCAGGCAAAGACGGUGCUGGUGUGGUGGAAGCGCUCGGGGAGGAGGUGGAGAGCUUGGUCCUGGGGCAGCGAGUGUACACCUGUGCAGGUGGCACUGGCACUUAUGCAAGUCAUGCCAACCUGGAUGCUGCUGGUGUGUACCCCUUGCCGGACAGCAUCAGCUUUGCGGAGGGGGCGGGUGUGGGUAUCCCCUGUGCGACGGCUUACUACGCGCUAAAGCGUCGUGGGCAGGCUGUGCCAGGCUCCAGGGUCUUCAUCCAUGGUGCCAGCGGGGCAGUGGGACUGGCAGCUGUUCAGCUUGCGAAGGACCUUGGCUGCUUCGUGGUGGGCAGCGCCGGCACUGUGCCUGGGCUAGCGGCCGUGCGGGCCGGCGGCGCCGACUUAGCCGUGGAGCACCGCCAGGAGGGCUACCUGGAGAAAAGUCUGGAGGCCGUGCCAAGCGGCUUUGAUGUGAUCCUAGAGAUGGCGGGGCACGCAAAUUUGCCUGCGGAUCUGCGGCUGGCAAGUCAGAAUGGCAGAAUCUGCAUUGUUGGCUCCAAAUCCGCCGACGUGAGCAUCAAUCCCCGUGCAUUGAUGCCAAAGCAGAUAGACGUUCGCGGAGUGUUCUUGGGUUCUGCCUCUGCAGAAGAGCUCAAGGAGGUUCAUGCGGCGCUUUUUGAUGCCAUGAACCGACGUGCUUUAGUGCCUGUGGUGAGCUUGCAAAUACCGCUGGCCGAAGCCGCCAAAGCGCAUGUUGAGGAGCCCAAGAAGCUGAAAGCCCUGGAGUCCUCUGAAGGCGGGUCCUUUGAGGGCAAAAGCGGCAGGAGGCGCCGUCGCCAUGGCCACGGUGCUCCUGGUGGCCCUGCUGUCUAUGGUGGCCCUGACGGCCCUGGCCCUGGCCCUGCCCAUGGAGGAGAGGGGAUAGCCGGUGGCAAAGGACAUGCUGGAGGUCCAACCAAGGGCAAAGGGAAUGGCAAAGGAAGUGCAUUCUUGGAGAAACGCAGCUACGACGGGCCCAAAGUGAACAUGGAUGAACAACCUUUUGGCAACGCGUCAACGUUGGAGGAGCCCAAGAAGCUGAAAGCCCUGGAGUCCUCUGAAGGCGGGUCCUUUGAGGGCAAAAGCGGCAGGAGGCGCCGUCGCCAUGGCCACGGUGCUCCUGGUGGCCCUGCUGUCUAUGGUGGCCCUGACGGCCCUGGCCCUGGCCCUGCCCAUGGAGGAGAGGGGAUAGCCGGUGGCAAAGGACAUGCUGGAGGUCCAACCAAGGGCAAAGGGAAGGGCAAAGGAAGUGCAUUCUUGGAGAAACGCAGCUAUGACAGGGCUGAAGUGAACACGACGAUGAUGGAUCAACAACCUUGA